CAUCAGCAACAGGUCGUCAAGGACGGCAAAAUCAUCUAUAAAUGCUUGAAAGAACAGUGUGUAGAGAUAUACCUGAAGGAAAGCAGCGUACACCAGCAUAAACAAACCAACAGGCAUCAAAAGCGAUCCAAUCGCUUACUGUGCAUAGGCUGUGGCCAUUAGUGAGUACCCCGCUCCUUUCAAAUGCGCCUUGGGCUGAGAUGUUGAUUUUCACUAGUUUCAGUCGCAGCGAUGGGCUCAAGCGUCAUGCCAAAUCUGACCAAUGUUCCAAGAACCAGGAAAAAUCUCGAGUUGUUCCACCCGCGAAUUCGGCCACCGGCACCUUCGCAGUAUCGCCCCCGGGCCCAGUCAACGUACCUCAAGAACCAUUCACACCUCGAGGGACAGGACUCGGGCCAGCGGCCCAGCGAACCCCACCCCUGUUUGUACCCGAGUCGAAUUUUUUCUCCGGCCCCACCGCGCAACCCGUUGUUCAGGCCCCCAAACUGAACUCUAUGACUCAGAAGGUUACACCCUUCACGCAGAACGUUCUAUCUCUGCCCGAUGUGGGAUCCAAUGUCCAGGCAUCGCAUGAACAACACUCCACACCCCACCAACCCUCUGGCAUGCCCCUCGUGCCGACUACCGAUCAAGAGGGGGAAGGUGACAUGAACCUUUUUGGCUCACCGGUCUCUCUCGCAUUCCCCGAUCAUGGAUACUCAGCCCUUGAUUCAGUUGUACCUGCACCUUCCACUUCCCAAUUUGACGCUUCGGAGUCUUAUUGGGAUUGGUACAAGAGGCUGGAGCAACCGGUUCACGGAGAUCUCAUUUCGAUGUACUAAGACAAGUUUGCGUAUUCUCAUUCGGACUGCAGGAUCAUCAUUAUAGAUUUGAGCUCGUAUUGCACUUUCGCACCUUGUAUCAUUUUACCACAACUCAUA